AUGUCGACCACGUUUAGCAUUCCUAGUAAUUUUGCAACAUGUCCAAACUGUGAAAAAACAUGUACUUCAAUUCUCUGGUGUGUUAAUUGCGACAUUGCAUAUUUGGUAGAAAAUUUCAAAAAUUGGUCUAGCGGCGAUCCAAAAUUAGAUGACUUUAUUAGACAUACACAAAAGACUGCGAAAGAAACUAUGGACUUUCUUGAAUGGAUCGAUUUCUCUCAAUUUGACCUUAUAAAGUAUACUGGAAAAGAAGGAUCUUUUUCUACUAUAUACACCGCUUUGUGGAUGGAAGGUCCAUUUUGGAACUGGGAUGAAGCUGCAAGUAUAUGGUCCCGUGGUGGUCCGACAAAGCUUUAUGAUUAUUCCAAGUGUUUAAAUAACAAUACACUUGCAGAUUGCUUCGGUGUAACUAGAGAUAACACAUCGAAUAUUAUGUUCGUCUUCAGAUAUUAUAAUAAAGGAAAUAUAUAUUCCUUCCUCGAUUCUUGUAAUGAAUUACUCUGUUGGAGAGAUACUGUCGAUCUCUUAUGGUCAAUCGCGUCAGGGAUACAUAAAAUUCAUGAACAGGGUCUCAUGCAUGGUCAUUUACACGGAGGUAAUAUUUUAGUUGAAUCCGAAAGAGAUAUAAUGGACGCAAGGGUAUCUGACACCGGUUUACACGGACCACCAUUUAACACAAAUUCAGAAGGUAUCUAUGGGGUCGUCCCAUUUGUCGAUCCUGAAAUUUUUAAAGGAAGUGAACCAACUCAAGCUUCCGAUAUUUAUAGCUUCGGUAUGAUCAUGUGGACAAUAUCUGCUGGUGAACGUCCUUAUCAUGAUAGGCCACAUGAUCGUUCAUUAAUAAAUGACAUAGUUGCCGGGUUAAGACCAAAACCUGCCGAAGGAACCCCCACUCUUUAUAUUCAAUUAAUGGAAAAAUGUUUAAAUGCAGACCCACUCAAGAGACCAUCAGCAUUGGAUUUAUAUAUUUUAUUUGAAAAAUGGGUGGUUGCUAUUUGUGAUGAUCCCGAACCAUCUGAAAUAUCAGAUCAAUUUGAUCGAGCAGAAAUCGCCAAAUUUAGUGAUUUUAAGAAUUAUGGAUUAAUUCCAUUAUCACAUAAAGGCGCAAUCUACCACAGUAGAAAUCUAAACUUAAUUUAAUUCAUCAACUUUAUCGUUUGUUUACUACAUAGGGGUAGAAUUUUUGAAACUUUUCGUCAAAUCUAUUUUUUUAUCUUUUUUUUUUUGUUUUAACUUUUCAUCAGUCGUAAUUUAUCUUUAUAUCUCAAAUUAUUAUUUUUUUUCUUUUUAUUGUAUUUUAUUAUUGGGACAAAUUUAUAUCUUUAUAUCUUUUUACAAAUAAAGAAGAAAAAAUUCUUU